GUACUUUAUUCGACCGAUUUAAAUACAAAAUUUUCUUUUCCUGAAAAAUGUGAGAGCCAGAGAGUUAACCGGCGGCAAGUUUCUACCCAAACUUGAAAGCUGCGAUCUCACUUCCUUCCAAUCACCUGUCAAUGUUCAGUCACUCCGUUCUUCCGUAAAACGGCAAACAAUGCUGCGGAAUCUUCGCUCUCGACGGCGGCCCCGCUACGGAGCCCAAAUCUGCGCCCUAGCCUCCGCUCUCCUUCUCCUCCUCUCCGUUUCUCUCCUCUACUCCCGCCUCUCUUCCUCUUCGCCCCCAAUCGGCCGACACCGCCACCGUCUCUACCCCCGAAUCUCCUCCCCUCGCCGCCGCAGCAACGCCGAUUCCGCCUCCAUUAUCCGCGCGAACCCCCUGAUUUCCGACUCCAGCGACGACAACAACAGCAAUCCGGGAGACGAUGCCCCGGACAAGAUCGACGAGUUCGACAACCUGGAGGACCAGACCGACACCGCGGCCGCCGUCAACGAAGAUGAACAGGACGGCGAGCAAGCCCAAUCUCGAAGCAAGCCCACCAUUUCCACAUCGGGAUAUUACGUCGACCACGUUACUGGAUCCAUUCGCUGGGCUUUCCACCGACGCUCGAUCGACGAGUGGGACGGCGACUACGGCGCCUUCGCGGCAGCGCUGGGUGCUGAGGAUGAGAGCAAGAUGGCGAUUGGGAGCGACGAUGUCCCGAUCGACGAGGAGGUGAGGAGGAAAGUGACGGAGGUUCGGGGGAUUGAAGAUGCGCUGCUGUUGAAGAUUGGGAAGAGGGUUUCGCCUUUGAGGGAAGGUUGGGGUAAUUGGUUCGAGAAGAAGGGGGAUUUCUUGAGGAGGGACAGGAUGUUCAAAUCCAACUUGGAGGUUUUGAAUCCUUUGCACAAUCCACUUUUGCAGGAUCCUGAUGGGAUUGGGAUUACUGGGUUGACGCGAGGGGACAAGGCAUUGAUGAAGCUUCUGUUGCAUGAGUACAAACGGUCUCCAUUUCCCUCGAAGAAGCCUUUGAGUGUCUCGGAAGGAACUACUGAGGAGAAAAUGGAGACCAAGAAUGACUUCAAAGGCAGGACUGAUGGCAAGCGACCAGAAAGAAGGGCUCUCGACGAUGAUGGAAGUGGCGAUUUGAAUGGGAAAAUCAUUGACAAUGUUGAUAGGAAAGAAGUCGAUAAUUUGAUUAACAGGGAUGGAAGAAGUGAUGUGAAGGAGGAUAUCAGUUUGAAGAAUGGAUCAUCUUCUGUGAAAUUGGAAAAUGAGAGAGGGGAGAGACAUUCUAAUGCAUCUGGAAAAUCGUCCGAUGGGAGUGAAGGUGGCAGUGAGAUUAGAAAAACGGAGGAUAGAGUUCAAAGUAGGGUAUCUGAAGAAUUGAAUCACCUGUUUGCAGAUGGGAAGCGAUGGGGUUAUUACCCUGGUUUACAUCCUCACUUAUCGUUUUCUGACUUUGUGGAUUCCUUUUUCAGAAAGGGCAAGUGUGAGUUGAGAGUGUUUAUGGUUUGGAACUCCCCGCCUUGGAUGUACAGUGUUAGACACCAGAGGGGACUGGAGAGUCUUCUCUCUCACCAUAGGGAUGCUUGUGUUUUGGUGUUAUCUGAGACAAUUGAGCUGGACUUCUUCAAAAACAGCUUUGUGAAAGAUGGGUACAAGAUUGCUGUUGCUAUGCCAAAUCUUGAUGAAUUGCUCAAGGACACACCAACCUAUAUAUUUGCUUCGGUUUGGUCCGAUUGGAGAAAGACCAAGUUCUAUCCCACUCAUUACAGUGAGCUUGUGAGACUGGCAGUGCUGUAUAGAUACGGAGGCAUCUAUCUUGACUCUGACAUUGUAGUUAUGAAUCCGUUGCAUUCACUCAAUGACACCAUCGGCAUGGAAGAUGAGCGUACAGGAAGUUCUCUGAAUGGGGCUGUGAUGGCAUUUAGACAGAACAGUCGAUUCUUGGAGGAGUGUUUGAAGGAGUUUUAUAUGACGUAUGAUGACACCAAAUUGAGAUGGAAUGGAGCUGAACUUUUGACUAGAGUCUGGAGGAAUUCCUUGAAACAGAAUUCACCCAUUAGCCAGCAGGAACUGAAUGUGCAGCCCUCUUACGUAUUCUUUCCUAUCAGUUCACAGGAUAUUACAAGCUACUUUGCAACUCCUGCGUCCGAAAACGAGAGAGCUGAACAAGAUGCUCUUUUCACAAGGAUCACGCGACAGUCGUUAACUAUGCAUUUCUGGAACAGCAUGACUUCUACUCUCAUUCCAGAAUCCGACAGCCUUGCAGCUCGGCUUAUCAACCACCCUUGCAUACGCUGCUCUGAUGUGUUGUGAUAUGAAUUUCCCAAAUCCAAACUGACCAAAGAACACAGACAAGAACUACAGCAUCUUACUUCCCGAAACAGACGAUCGAAGCGCAAAGGGGUCACUUUCAUGCUUUGAAAAGACUGGGAAGUUGCUGGGAGGGUGGCUUGUAUAAUUUUUGCCCCUUAGCUUCAAAUUGUUAGCAAAACCUCCAUUUUUUUUCUUCAAGGAUCUUGAAACAAAUGAUAUUUUUUCUG